AAAGGGCUUUAAUUUACAUGCGCGUAUUUUAAGUCCUACAAGACCUACCUAUUGAAAAUGUAUUUUUGGCGCGCUUGUACUUCUAUGCAUGUAUGCAAAGACUCCCCAACUUGCGUCUUAUGACUACUCACACAUAGGAGCGACGUUUUUGUAAGAUAUAAACAUAUAUUAAAAGAGUAUUGCAUUUAAAAAUUUCUGGCGACUGGACGCCCGGCAGCGCUACGCCACCUAGUGCACGCUGCGAGCCGUUUGAUGGUUGCUGCGGGAAAAUAAUGUACUGAAUGAUAGUGCGACAAUCCCAACCUUGCAUGCAUCUCUGUCUCACACUCGCACCCGAAAGUCAGUGCGAUAAUCCUAUUCCUACGUUUGAUCGUACGACCUGUGUCUGAACGGAACCUACAGUGGUAAACCGGGGACAGCGCGUGCGGCUCCACCGUCAUACCUGCGUGACGCUUCCUGAUGUCUGUUUGCGCGACUCGGCCCUGCCAGCAGUGAAAAAUGUCGUCGAUGGAGGUGGAUCAGUCCUCAUCCUUACCAGUGUGGAGGGAUGAAGAGGCUCCCGAGGAGGAGGCAGAACAGGAGGCAGCUGAUGGUGAUGAAGGUGGGGGUCCGUUGGGCUGCUGUGAGAGGUUCCAGCACUCCAUCUCCCGGUGGAUGCUUCCUCCACAUGCACGCGACGUGUACCUGGAGCGAGCCAACUGCUGCCCGCCUCCCAUCUUCAUUAUCCUCGUCAGCAUAGGAGAGUUGGCCGUCUUCAUCUACUACGCCGUGUGGAAACCGCAGAAGCAGUGGGUGACCCUGGGUGAGGCGAUCUGGAAGAGCCCCCUUACCUACAAACCCGACACACGGGAGCAGGCGUGGCGUUUCAUAUCCUACAUGUUCGUGCAUGCUGGGGUGCAGCACAUCCUGGGAAAUCUGCUGAUGCAGCUGCUGCUGGGAAUCCCCUUGGAGCUGGUGCACAAGGGCUUCGAGGUGGGCAUGGUGUACAUGAGCGGAGUCCUGGCAGGAUCUCUGGCGAGCUCCAUCUUUGAUCCCUUGAAUGCCCUGGUGGGGGCCUCGGGUGGAGUCUACGCCCUGAUGGGGGGCUACUUCAUGAACGCCAUAGUGAACUUCAGGGAGAUGUUGCCCUUGCUGGGAGUCUUCCGCAUCACGGCGAUCUUGCUCAUUGUGGGGACCGACAUGGGGUUUGCCCUCUACAGAAGGUUUCUGGCUCAUGAGUCAGGUUAUAAGGUCUCCUUCGUUGCCCACAUUGCUGGUGGCAUAGCGGGCAUGACCGUCGGCUACGUGUUCUUCAGCAGCUACAACCAGAAACUCCUCAGGGACCCUCGAUUCUGGAUGUGCAUCGUAGGAUACCUCCUCUUCGUCGUGUUUGCCGUGGUCUUCAACAUCUUCCUGUCUCCAGCGUAGGGCCACGCAGCUAAAGUCAAAAGGCAUGUCUAACGCGUGGUUAUGGACUGGUAAACGUGUCCUUUAGGAUAAACAGUCAAUCUUUAUAUGGGGAGCUGUCCCUUAAUUGUGUUUUGGGAUGUUUUUUUUCUGUAAGGGGAAAUUUUGAGAUCCUUAAGUUGUUGGCGUCGUUGCGCUUGACGACACUGGCGACAAGGGAGGGCUGUAUCCUUUCCACCAUGUGGGAUGGCUUCCCGUUUAGCCCAAUUUCUGACCCGUUACAAAGCAGUACUCAGGUAAAUUAGCAGACAUAUUUCAGUCUCAGGUUAUAUCGGCCAUGAAUGGUUCUCCACAUUGCGAGUUCAGUCUUCAAACAGCAUGACUUUUGACUGUUGCCAGUCAGAUAUGUUGUUUACUCUCAGGUCUUCUUGGAACAUUUCUGCCUUAUUCCUUUUAACCUAAACAAGUUGCCAUUUAUAUUGCAGAAAUGACACAAUGUUUACUUGAGCUGAAGGACGUCCUUCCGCUCGCCCUUCAUUCGUGGGGUAGUCCCACGUCGUGCCUGUUUUGGAGUCAUUACUGUGAACAUCUCCUGCCAUUAUUCCUCGCUUGACUAACUGUAUGAAAAUAACUUGUCAUUCUUUGUAUUGUUCAGAGUGGUGACUCAGGAAGCUCAGUUAGGGGUUGAAGGUGGUGUGGCCUCACUGUUACUGUUAGCAAGUCAUUCACCGCUCCUUUGGCAAGACGGAUCUUCUCCACCAACAUCAGUGUCAUACGUUUCCAGCCCUUUUCCCAUCCCGGUGCUGAUGGGUUCCCCCGAUGGGAAUUGUAGUGGUGUUUUGGCCGGUCUCGUGUUGUUGUGACCAUCAAGGGGACCAUCAUACUCCAUUUAAAAUUUGGUGACAUGAGCAUGUGUCCCGCCGCAAGAGACCCUAAGGCUGAAGUGUUUGGUAGAGUGUGACACUAACUGGGAUCGUCACAUUGAGUCAUUUUUGUAUAAUUUUGUUUUUCCUUUAAUCAAUUUAGUUGGUAUUAGUUAAUAGUUUGAGAAAGGGCUGUGAUGUUUAGGUGGUAUUUUGUUGAUUACUAGUACUUAGUUUGAAGUAUAUUUUGUACUUUUCAUAUACUUCAUUAUGUAUUCCAUAUUUUAUUGGUCCUGUAGUACAAUGAAAUAAAUGUUUUUAAAAAAUGA